AUGGCGGGCGGCGAGGCGGAGGUGGCGCGGCGCAUCGACCCGGCGCGGGAGCCGGGGCUGAGCGCCGAGCAGCGGCGCCUCAUGGAGCGCGUGGAGCGCGCCCAGCGCCAGCGCGCCCUGCAGCGCCGCCUCCGCGGCCGCAACGCGCUGCUGGGCCUCAGCAUCGGCGCCCUCGUGAUGGGCAUCUACGGCUACACCUUCUACUCGGUGUCGCAGGAGCGGUUCCUGGACGAGCUGGAGCAGGAGGCGGAGCGGGCGCGGGCCUGGGCGCGGGAGCGGCGCGACGCGAGCUGAGCCCCGUCCCGCGCCUGGAGCGGAACCGGAACCGGAGC